AUGACUACACAAGUAGCGCUUGUGGCCGGUGGUGAUGGGUCAUACCAAAUUUCCACGGAAGUUGAAGUACCAAAACCGAGGCCAGGUACAAUGCUCUGCAAAGUCAGGGCCGUGGCUUUGAAUCCGGCUGACUGGAAGAUGAUUGACUUCUCUGCAUCGGAGGGCGCCAUUGGAGGCAACGACUUUGCCGGUGAAGUCAUUGAAGUCGGGCAAGGCGUCGAGAGAUUCAGCAAGGGAGACCGCAUUUUUGGAAUGAUGUUUGGCCUCAAUCCAUCUGACAAGCUAAGCGGAGCAUUCUGUUGCUAUGCAUUAGCCACGGAGGACUUGUCCUGCAAGAUACCGCAGUCCAUGACAUUCGACAAGGCAUCAACAUUGGGCGUACCUGUUGGAACCGCUGGAAGCGCCCUAUAUCAAGCACUGGGUCUCCCCAUGCCUGGCUCUGUUGGAUGUCUAAACAGUCAACUUUAUGUUUUGGUCUCUGGAGGAGCUUCGGCGACCGGCACGAUUGCGAUCCAGCUUCUAAAAGCUAGCAAGGACUUCGUGUUGUCCUUGGGCGCCGCUGAAACAUUUGAUUACAACUCAUCAACCUGUGGCAUGGAGAUUCGCAACUACACGAAGAACAACCUUAAACAUGUCCUUGACUGCGUUACGAAAGAUGAUUCCAUGAAAAUGUGCUAUGAAGCGAUCGGCAGUGAUGGUGGCAAGUAUGUAGCCCUGGAACCGUUUUCUACGCGCAUACAAUACACGAGAAGGGAAGUACAGGCUGAAUGGCAAAACACGUGGUCGUUAUUUGGGGGUCCAGUAAAAUUGUCCGGGGUGUAUGGGAGGCCAGGACACAAACAUGAUCGCAAGUUUGCUUCAGUCAUGUUCCCUAUGGCUGAGCGCCUGAUCAUAGACGGGCAACUCAAGCCUCAUCCAGUUGAAGUCCGAGUAGGCGGGCUGGAGUCUAUCAUGGAUGGGAUUGAAAUUUUGAGAAGCGGAGAAGUGAAAGGCCGGAAGCUUGUUUACCAAGUAGCGUAG